UAUUUGUUGAUGGCAACUGCAAACAUUCUGCACAUUUAGGAAGAAAUAUUUUUUCUAAAUAUUAACAGUUUUACAAAAUGCUGCAAGGAGUGCAUCUCGUUGGUGAGGAUGAAGACGACGUCUACGGUGGUUUUAACGAUUACAAUCCAGCCUUUGAUACAGAGAAUCUCGAGGAAGAUGAAGAAUUUCAACAAGCCCUGAAAACAAGUCAUGGACAGAGACCUGGUUUGAAAACUGGCAUGAAAAUAUCCACAUCAGCUGGGCGAGGGAAAGUGCCAGGAUCUUCAAUGGGACGACCAACAACUGGAAUUGCAGAUACAGGAAUGGCUCGUCCUAUGACUGCAGUGCGUGCAGUGGGUUACACAUCAUCAGAAAAAACAUCCAUGACUGGGGGUGCCCAGUUUGACCCUUUCAACCAAGCACGUUUACCUGCCCCUCCCCUUGAAGGAAAGGCAGAGGAAAGUCCGGAAGAAAAAAUUAAGCAAAUGGAAAAGAAAGUAAAUGAACUGGUUGAAGAGAGCUGCUUUGCUAAUGAUAGAGGAGAAUAUCCUCUGGCCCUUGAGAAAGCCAAAGAGGCGGGCAGGAAAGAACGUGCCUUAUGUCGUCAGAGGGAACAGUCAUCCCUUGGAGAACAGGUCAAUCUGGAUAUGACUUACUCGGUGUUGUUCAACCUGGCCAAUCAGUAUCAUGCCAACAAACUGUAUGCAGAGGCGCUGAACACUUACCAGGUUAUCGUCAAAAACAAGAUGUUUAGCAAUGCAGGACGGUUAAGAGUGAAUAUGGGUAAUAUCUACUGUGAACAAAAGAAAUAUCCCCAGGCAGUGAAACAGUAUAGAAUGGCCUUGGAUCAGGUGCCCAACACACACAAGGACAUGAGGAUAAAGAUCAUGCAAAACAUUGGUGUGGCAUUUGUUAAGAUUGGACAGUUUUCAGAUGCUGUUACUUCUUUUGAGCACAUUAUGGGUGAGAAAGCAAGUUUCCAAACAGGAUUCAACUUGCUUUUGUGCUACUAUGCAUUGGGAGACAAAGAAAAAAUGAAGAAGACUUUUCAAAAAUUGCUAACAGUUAGCCUUGGGUUUGAUGACGAGGACAAGUACACUUUGACAGGGGAUGAUCCUCAGCAAGCAUUGAUUUUGGAAGUAAUAAGAAAUGACAGGCUGCGACAAAUUGAACGUCAAAAGAAAUCCCAAGCAGAUAAAUGCAUUAUGAGUGCUGCUAAACUCAUAUCUCCUGCAAUAGAGAGUAGUUUUGCUGCAGGAUUUGACUGGUGUAUUGAAUGUGUAAAAGCAUCUCCUUACUUGGAUUUAGCCAAUGAAUUAGAAAUCACCAAGGCAAUCACUUACUUGAAAGAGAAGGAUCUUGCUAAGGCCAUCGAAACUCUCAAAGGAUUUGAGAAGAAAGACUCCAAAGUACAAUCCACUGCUGCCACUAACUUGUCCUUCCUAUACUUUCUGGAAAAUGAAGUGUCACAGGCUGACAAGUAUGCAGAACUUGCCAUAACAGCGGAUCGAUAUAACCCUGCUGCAUUGGUUAACAAAGGGAACUGUUUGUUUGCCAAUGGGGAAUAUGAGAAAGCACGAGAAUAUUACCAGGAGGCUUACAAUGUAGAGGCUUCUUGUACUGAAGCUCUGUUUAAUUUAGGUCUUGCAGAGAAAAAGUUGAACAGACUGGGUGUUGCUCUGGACUGUUUUUACAAGCUGCAGGCCAUACUUAAAAAUCAUCCUCAAGUUCUUUAUCAAAUUGCAAGCAUACAUGAAAUGUUAGAAGACAAAUCUCAAGCCAUUGAGUGGUACAUGCAGCUUGUCUCUGUUGUGCCUACUGACCCAUCAGUCCUGUCCAAGCUAGGUGAACUGUAUGACAGUGAACAAGACAAGUCACAAGCAUUCCAAUAUCACUUUGAGUCAUACAGAUAUUUUCCAUCAAAUAUUGAUAUUAUUUCAUGGCUUGGAGCUUACUACAUAGACUCUCAGUUUUGUGAAAAGGCAAUACAUUACUUUGAAAAAGCAGCAGUCAUACAGCCAAAUGAAGUCAAGUGGCAGCUUAUGAUAGCAAGUUGUUAUAGAAGAAGUGGUAAUUAUCAACAGGCUUUGGAAACAUACAAAACCAUACAUAAAAGGUUUCCAGAAAAUGUGGAAUGUCUUAAAUUCUUGGUGAGAAUUUGCACAGAUCUUGGUUUAAAGGAUGUUCAAGACUAUGCUCAAAAACUGAAGAAAGCAGAAAAAGCCAGAGAGAUGAAGCAACAGCGUUCUAACAGUGGAUCUAGAAAAGGAAGUGGGCGAGCUGGAAGUGCUAACAUGCCUGGUUCUGGUGGUUCACGCAAUAACAGUGCAGGGAGUGAGUCAGGACGAGUAGACAGUGGAGGAUCGGACAGGAGGAGAAGUGCCAACCGCUCUGCUGGACGAACAAAACCAUUCAUUCCAGAUAAUGAUGACUCAUUUAGUUUUAGUGGAUCAAAAGAAGUUGAUGCCACUUAUGCAGAUCCUCUUGGAGAAGCUCCAGCAAGGCCAAAGACUGCUGGCAGGCAAAGGCCACAGCAAGUUGAGGAUGAAUUUGGUGAUGAAGAGAUUGGAGAUGACCUUCUUCCUGACUAGAAAAAGGAGCCUUGAUUUAACAGCCAUGACUGCCCUAGAAAUGUAAUCUUCCCACACCUGAUGAAAGUUCUAGUUUAACUUAUUUCCUUUUAACAAUUGGUCAUGACAUCAAGUCAGCAUACAUAGAGACAAUGCCUUAACAUGAAAGCAAAUGAGCAGCCCAUUCAAGUGAUUCCUUGUCAGCCCAGCUAAAGAAAUUCUCUAUUAAAAAUGUGUUCUUCAUGCGUAUACCAGAGGUUUCAAGAAGCCUUUCUCAAUUCCCAAAAAUUCUCACUUUCACAUUGAAGCCAGGUGCACAAAAUUAUUUUUUUUGUUAAUGCAGGUUUUCAGUUUACAUCAAAUGCUUUGCCCUUACCUCAUUAUAAAACACAGGCUUGUGUAUCUAAGAAAUGACCCAUUUUAAUCAGAUUUUCAGGGAAAAGGUUUCAUCCUAUACACAGGCUUAAGCCAGGAAAGGUUUAUAAUGUUCGCCAUUUGACUUUAACCCUUUAGCCCCUAAGAGUGACUAGCAUCUUAUUUCUCCUAAGUAAUCACCCCUGAACCAAACAUGAAAGUAAUGAGAGUAGAAGAGAUGAUCACCAACUAGAGCAGCUCUCGACUGCUAUACAAAUUUUCCUUGUCAGCCCCUUUGGAAAUGUAUGGAGAACAGUAUGGAGAAUAUGUAUACUGAUGUUAGGGGAUAAAGGGGUUAUCUUUUCCACUUGGCAUUUUUAAAGGGCUGGAAGGUUGACAUGAUUUACUUACAUAAACAAGUCAUAAGGGAGAGCACUGUACAAAACUGUUCAAAAUAGUACUCAAGUACCCUUUAAAUUAUUUGUAAAAUACUAUUGUAAUUAAAAAAAAAGGAGAGAGUAAACAUCUCUUCACAAGA